UGUCUGCGAGGGUUCCAUAGCAGGGCUGGAUAAAGCUGCGAGCACCUGCCAAACUGAAUAGAGAGAAAAUGGGGGAGGAAAACAAAGCCAAAAAAGCUCACGUUCUAAUCGUUCCUUACCCAGCCCAAGGUCAUAUAAACCCCAUAGUGCAAUUCGCUAAACGCUUAGUCUCCAAGGACGUCAAAGCCACUCUAGUCACCACCGUCUUCCUCUCCAAGUCCACGUUUUCCGACCUGACCAGCUCUGUUGAUCUCCAGACCAUAUCCGACGGCUUUGAUGAAGGCGGCUAUGAUCAGGCUGGCAGCGCUGAUGUCUACCUCCAAACUUUCUGGUCCGUAGGCCCUAAGAGUUUAGCAACCUUAAUCAAGAAACUUGUUGAUGCAGGUCAUCCUAUUCAUGGCCUUGUCUAUGAUGGGUUUUUGCCUUGGGCACUUGACGUUGCGAAGCAGUUUGGGAUACGCUCGGCUGUGUUUUUUACUCAAUCUUGUGCUGUCAACAGCGUGUAUUACCAUGUUAGCAGGGGGCUUCUUCAGCUGCCACUCCAGGGCUCUAAUGUAAUUUCUCUUCCUGGAUUGCCUCCACUUGAAUUUUCCGAGCUACCAUCUUUUGUUUUUCGUCAUGGAUCUUAUCCAGCUUGGUUGGAUGUGGUUGUGAAUCAGUUUUCCAACGUUGAUGAAGCUGAUUGGGUGUUUUUUAACAUUUUUUACGAAUUGGAAAAAGAGGCGGUGGAUUGGAUGUCAAAAUUCUGGAAGGUGAUGACGGUAGGGCCAACUGUUCCAUCUCUGUACUUGGACGGAAGACUCGAAAAUGACAAAGAUUAUGGCAUGAAUCUCUUCAAGCCAAGCACUAGUGCUUGCAUGAGUUGGCUAAAUGGCAAGCCAAAGAGUUCAGUGGUCUAUGUGUCAUUUGGAAGCUUUGCAUCACUAGGAGUCGAGCAAAUGGCAGAGCUAGCUUGGGCUUUGAAAGGUUGCAAUUGCUACUUCUUGUGGGUUGUAAAGGAGUCGGAGGAGGCCAAGCUGCCAGGUAAUUUUAUAGAGGAGACGGCGGAGAAGGGUUUGGUGGUGACUUGGUGCCCUCAGUUGGAGGUGCUGUCUCAUGAGUCAACAGGUUGCUUUCUUACCCAUUGCGGCUUUAAUUCCGUUCUAGAGGCAUUAAGUCUAGGAGUUCCGAUGCUUGCAAUGCCUCAAUGGACGGACCAAGGCACCAACGCAAAGCAUGUAGAGGAUGUAUGGGGAAUUGGAAUUAGAGCUCGCCCUGAUGAGAAAUUAGGUUUGGUGACAAGAGAGAUUAUAGAGCAGUGCAUAAAGGAACUAACGGAAGGAGAAAAGAGCAAAGAGAUUAAGAAGAAUGCGAUCAAGUGGAAGAAUUUGGCGAAGAAGGCAGUUGAUGAAGGUGGGAGUUCAGAUAAAAACAUAAAUGAAUUUGUAGCUAAACUAGUCUGUGACUAGUGUUUCUGUCUGGGAAUGAGCACGUGCUGCAUAACAAUCCUGUAUACUCGGAAUCGUUUUAUGAUCUAAUAAGCAGUUGUUGAAAACCCAUUAAGACUAAAAUAAAUGUUGUACUUAAACACAUACUUUACUGUUUCUUUUUCAAUUUAUCUUUUAAUAAUUUGCGUAUGAGAUUUUCACA